AUGGCGGAUGCCGAGUUGAACGUCGACAACCUGAUACAAAGAUUGUUGGAAGUAUACCACACGCAGAAAGACCAGGUUCAGAAGAAAGCCAAGCUAAAAGAUAUUUUCUCGUCGGAUUUUGUUGUCCGAGGAUGCCGGCCAGGAAAGACGGUGUUAAUGUCGGAGGGCGAGGUGCGCGGCCUUUGCCUCAAGUCACGGGAGAUUUUCCUUCAGCAGCCGAUCCUGCUGGAGCUGGAGGCGCCACUUAAGAUCUGCGGCGAUAUUCACGGCCAAUACACCGACUUGUUACGGCUGUUCGAGUAUGGCGGUUUCCCGCCCGAGGCGAACUACUUGUUCCUCGGAGACUACGUGGACAGGGGCAAGCAAUCAUUGGAAACGAUAUGCUUGUUACUCGCCUACAAGAUCAAAUACCCGGAGAACUUCUUUCUGUUGCGCGGCAAUCACGAGUGCGCGAGCAUAAACAGGAUAUACGGGUUCUACGACGAGUGCAAGAGACGGUACAACAUCAAACUGUGGAAGACGUUUACCGAUUGCUUCAACUGUUUACCGAUCGCCGCGAUCAUCGAUGAGAAGAUAUUCUGCUGUCAUGGCGGCCUUAGUCCAGACCUACAGAACAUGGAACAAAUCAAAAGAAUAAUGCGUCCGACAGAUGUACCUGACACUGGCCUUCUCUGUGACCUUUUAUGGUCAGAUCCAGACAAAGAUGUCCAGGGAUGGGGUGAAAAUGAUAGAGGCGUAUCUUUCACAUUCGGCCCAGACGUGGUAUCGAAAUUCUUAAACCGGCAUGAUAUGGACUUAAUAUGUAGAGCGCAUCAAGUGGUCGAAGAUGGCUACGAAUUUUUCGCGAAAAGACAGUUGGUUACUCUGUUUUCUGCGCCGAAUUAUUGCGGAGAAUUUGACAACGCUGGUGGAAUGAUGAGUGUUGAUGAAACUCUGAUGUGUAGUUUUCAGAUCUUAAAACCAUCAGAGAAGAAAGCUAAGUACCAGUAUAUAAGUUUGAACACGGGUCAAGCUACGAGACCAUCCACGCCGCAAAGGAAUCCAGCCAAAAAGAAAUGACAGCCUUGCACACGUCUCUUCCUUCAUUUAAGGAAACUCGUCGACAAGGCGGCAAAAUUUCUAUUAAGGCGCGAACAUUAAGAGCAUAACAUUGUACGAUAUGUUCUAUCACUAACUAGCGGUUAUGCCAAAACACAUGAAUAGCAAAAAAGAAAAAAGAAACAAAAAAACAAAAACAAAAAGGAACCGGUGAGACACGUAGUGGUGUUUGAUCGUCAGGAAUUAUUUGUGAUCGUUAAAGACUUUAAAAAAAGAAAGAUACGGCAGUUUUAAUUUUCUUCUUCUUCGCGUAUGAUUUAAAUCUAGCACUUUAAGUAAUUAUUAUUAUGUUGACUGAUUAGUGAUUAAAAUGGUAACCGUGUAUUAAAUAGAUCCCGCCCGAGUGUGCUUGUUA